GACCUGAGAUCACGCCACUGUACUCCAACCUGGGCAACAGAGUGAGACUCCAUCUCAAAAUAAAUAAAUAAAUAAAAAUAAAAAAAGAAGUCAAGGGACUAGACAGUCCUCCGUCCCCCAAACCACUGAGUAAAAGGGGUUUCUUGUUUGGUUGACUGAAUGGGAAAAUGCCCCCUACUUUGCUGCCCUUUUGAAAUAUAAUGAAAGAAAAAGGAGAAGAAAAAAAAAUCCCCUGAAUCCUACCUAACUCCAAGAUAAUCACUGUUAACGUUUUAGUCUAAUUCUUUCUGGAUACUGAGGUUGGUUUUAGUAUGUUUUUAGCAGAAGUCUUUCAGUGUAUGGAUCAAGGUUUAUUUCUGGCUUCCUCAGCCUUCCCUCCUUCGCGGGUUUUUUUGGACUCUGUCAAUCAGAGGCCCUUGCCCGGGACAAGGUGGCGGGGAAUCCCACUUGGCAAGGGACGGUGGGGAAUUAUCCGGGGUGUCAGGAUUUGUGGGAAACUCUGUUCUCCUAAAUGACUCCAGAGUUUUCUUCCUUGCUUUUUCAAAUAUUGCACAAGUUUGGUCAGGGAGCCAAGCCCAGGCUGGACUCAGUCUCUGGCUGUUGGAGGAGAGACCUCUGGUGGUCGGAGAGGACACCUUGCUCCUGCUGCGAAAAGGAUCCUGGGCGCUCGUGUAGCCCACUGCCUUCCUUUCACUGGUGAUGGAGAAACAGGCUCAGGAAGGAAGGCCCAUGCCAAGGUCACCUGGUUACACCUUGCUCCUGCUGUGAAAAGGAUCCUGGGCGCUCGUGUAGCUCACUGCCUUCCUUUCACUGGUGAUGGAGAAACAGGCUCAGGAGGGAAGGCCUGUGCCAAGGUCACCUGGUUGUGCUCUCAGUUCCAGUAAAGUCUGCAGGGUUCUGGGAUCAACCUGCCUGGGUUCAAGUCCUGACUUGACCACUUUUUAGCAGUGGGACAGUAGGCCACAUAACCUCUCUGAGGCUCAGGCCUGAAUUUUGGCAGGAUUGUGGGGAUAAAGUUAAACAACCUAUGUAAAAUGCUUGGCACAGAGUAAGCGCUUUAUAGCCAGGGUGGGCUUCCCCUCAGAUGACACUGGUAAUAAUCACGACAGGUUGUCAAAGGUGUGCUCUGCGGCAGGUGCAGGCUGCUGCUGUGCCUGAAUCGCCUGCUUUAACAGAAUCCUCUUCAUGACCCCCUGAAGGAAAUGCUGCUAUGACCCCAUUUUGUACUUAAAAGGAGCAAGGUUCAGAGAGGCCAUGUGACUUGGCCCAUGUGAUCCCUGACAUUCUCACAGCCUGUCCAUUCACCAAGGGCUUUCUUGGUUUUUUGUUUUUUGUUUUGUUUUGUUUUGUUUUGUUUUUCAGAUGGAGUCUCUCUCCGUUGCCCAGACUAGAGUGCAGUGGCAUGAUCUAGGCUCACUGCAACUCCGCCUCCCGAGUUCAAGUGAUUCUCCUACUUCAGCUUCCCAGGUGCAGCUGGUCCAGGACCCGGCAACAGGAGGGAACUUCGUGGUGAAGAGCCUACCCAGGUGCCACAUGGUGAGCCGGGAGCGGCUGACCAUCAUCCCACACGGAGUCCCCUACAUGACGAAGCUGCUCAGGUACUUUGUGAGCGAGGACUCCAUCUUCCUGCACCUGGAGCAUGUGCAAGGAGGCACUCUCUGGUCCCACCUGCUCUCCCAGGCGCACUCCCGACAUUCUGGGCUCAGCUCUGGCUCUACCCAGGAGAGGAUGAAGGCUCAGCUCAACCCCCACCUCAACCUCCUGACCCCAGUGAGGAUCCCCUCAGGCCACACCCCUGACCAGGACAGAAUCGCCCUGGAGCCUCCUAGGACUUCUCCGAGCCUUCCCCUAGCCGGGGAGGCCCCAUCCACCAGACCCCAGAGGGAGGCUGAAGGUGAACCCACAGCCAGGACCAGCACCUCUGGCUCCUCGGACCUUCCAAAGGCCCCAGGUGGCCACCUGCACCUUCAAGCUAGGCGGGCUGGCCAGAACUCAGACGCUGGGCCCCCUCAGGGACUCACUUGGGUUCCCGAGGGGGCCCUGGUGCUAGGGGGCUGUGGCCGAGGCAUGGAUCAGAGCUGCCUGUCAGCAGAUGGGGCCGGCCGGGGCUGUGGCAGGGCCACCUGGAGUGUGAGAGAGGAGCAGGUGAAGCAGUGGGCGGCGGAGAUGCUGGUGGCACUGGAGGCACUGCAUGAGCAGGGGGUGCUGUGCCGGGACCUCCACCCCGGGAACCUGCUCCUGGACCAGGCAGGUCACAUCCGGCUCACAUAUUUUGGCCAGUGGUCAGAGGUGGAGCCCCAGUGCUGCGGGGAGGCCGUGGACAAUCUCUACAGCGCCCCAGAGGUGGGUGGGAUUUCUGAGCUGACAGAAGCCUGUGACUGGUGGAGCUUUGGGUCUCUACUGUAUGAACUGCUGACAGGAAUGGCACUGUCCCAGAGCCACCCUUCAGGAAUCCAGGCCCACACCCAGCUCCAGCUGCCUGAGUGGCUUAGUCGUCCGGCGGCCUCUCUGCUGACUGAGGUGAGCUGCUGCAGUUCGAGCCUACCCGGCGCCUGGGCGUGGGAGAAGGUGGUGUCAGCAAACUCAAGGCCCAUCCCUUUUUCAGUACCAUCCAGUGGAGCAAACUGGUGGGGUAAGAGGGUAGAGCGGGUGACGGAAGCAGCUGGCCUGGUCUGGAUCGCCUCUCCUCCUUGCCUGACACCCAGGGCUGGCCCUCUAUCAGCGGGCUUCGGGCGAGGAAUGGAGGGCACUGCCUGUCCUACUGGGCUCCCACUGGGACCUCAGAAUUAUGGCCACCACCCAGGAAGGGUCAGCUCCUGGAAAAGCUGGAGGUGGGGGCAGUCAAGGCCUGCCCUGCUAAGCAGCUUGAACCUUCCACCCAUCAGUCAACAGACCCAUUGAGCAUGUGGACUCACCAUGUUAAAGGCUGCCCUCUGUGUCACUGGCGCUGAGCUCUUGACCACCUGCUGCACCCUACUGUGAGGUGCUGUGACUCACUCACUGCCAUGUUGUGCCCUACUCAGGACAUCUCUGGAGACUCAUCUCAGGACACUGAUCCACUGGCUCAGUGGACCCAAACCAGACUGUCCUGGCUAGUCCUCUUAGUCACACAAUGAGUGGGCCUCUUCCACCAGAAGCUGUUACUGCAGCUAGAGAGGCUCAGAAGCAAGGAUGCCAUCUGUAGUGUGGGGAGGGAUAAGGUAGGGGACAGGAAGACCCCCCCAUUCCUGACCAUGCCCCCUAUCUUGCGAUUUCAGACUUGGGAGAGCAAAAGGGAGGGGAAGAAAAUAAGAGGAAUGGGGGGAGGAAGGAAUGCACAGCUCUGCCCCUUAGAGCAAGUCUGAAACCAGAAUCAAGAGCCCUCCUCCCCAGUGGAGCCAGCUGUGUGGGGGGAGGGGGGCAGCCUGCCCCAGGGGUACAAGAGGACAGCAAUUCAGCCUCCAGGCCAAAGCAGCUGAGACAAGGUGUGCCCAUCAGGAUCCCCUCUCAGGCUUUGGCUGUUUACCAUGUCACUGCCUACUGUGACUUCAUGUCCUUUAGGGGUAAGAAACCACAAAACGUAUGGAACAAUUAUCCAUGGCUCUUAGCCAGAAACGUCUUGCUUCUGGUCUCUGAAAAACUGGGGUGAGUGGUUGUCCCAAAGACAAUCGCCCCCAGUUUGGGGGCUCCUCUCAGGGUUCACCCUGUCACCGGGGUGUGGGACCUGGGAAACUUCCACUAGACUUUUGCCCCCAGCUCCUCCCCGCCAGCAUCCCAGUCACCACCAGAUGGCGCUUCCUACAUGGUCCACCUGUCUGGUUCUGAAGGCCCAACUCUGUCAGGCCAGACUCCUGUCACUCAUGGUGGGGAGACCUGACUUCCUCGGGCUCUUCAGGAGACUGAGACAGAGAGGACAAGCGAAAGCGCAGCCUGUGUGUGACUCUCCGCGGUUCACAUCCUGCCUCUCCCUGGGGUUUACCUAGCCCCAAUAAAGCCUGCUCUGGCCUAUGG